CAUGAGUGCGUUAUUUAAGUCUCAUUCAGUUGAUUCCGAAUCUAGUUUUCUCCGUAUUAAAGUAAAGAGUGCAACUUUUGCGCAAAGCGGAUCAGAAGAAGAUUGCAAAAGUGUUUUAUCAGAGUUAGAGAGUUUAAAUGAUCUCUCUUUAACACAACUGUAUCAAGUUGUCUUAUUUACAACUCGAAUGAUACUAAGAAAAGGUAAAAAUAAAGAGUCAAUAGAAAUAAGGUGUUAUAAAAUUAUGCAGAAUGUUUUCAAUAAUAUCAAAUUAUCCAAAAUGGAAAUCUUCGAAGAUGUGUUUAAUAUGCUUUGCCUUUAUCUACAACCAAUUGGGAAUAAACCGGGUGAAAUUAUAAAUAAGUCUGAAGAGCUUAAGAUGGAAAUCACUACAACUUUAAUGUCUCUUAUUAAAUGUAGUCAACAAGAAUUACAUUUAAGCAUUUAUUCACCCAAAUUUCUCCCAGCCUUAGGUCAUGCUGUAUGUAUACUAAUUGCAUUGGCUGGAAAAGAAUUGUCUAGGGGUUUAAUAUUGUGCUCAAUCAACGCUUUGAGAACUAUAACUUGGGUUGACAAUACUGACGAGAAGAUUCUUCAAAAAUUAUCUCACUUACUAUCUUCAUUCCUACCUGGAAUAUCUAAUUGUUUGUUAAGAAUUGCAAAAGCCGACAACAAAUUGGGGGAAGCUAUUAUAUCUUCAUCUGUGCAGCUACUAGGGGACUUGAUCGCUCUAGUCCUUUCUGAUAAGUAUACAACUUUUCAGUGUGAUGAGACGAAUGAACUUUUAAUCAACAGAACUGAAGAGUGGUACCAGAACACAUCAUUUAAAAUAAAAUAUUGCAUUGAUGCUGUUUUAAAAAUAAUUGCACCGAAUCAAUGGCGUGUUAGAUAUUCUUUGUUAUGUUUUAGUGAAAAGUUGUUAAUUAAUUGUCGGACUACGUUAAAAAAAUGCAUUCCAGCAUUAAUUCAGAUUAUAGCAAUAUCUUCGUAUGAUGAUUAUGAAAAGAUAAAAAUAAGAGCAAGGGAGAAUAUUGAUUUAAUUAAAAAGACUUUUCCAGACAUUGAUCUUCUCUUAGAAGAGAACUUAUUCGAAUUUUGCAAAUCUUUGCUAUCCUUUGUAAAUGCGUCUAAUGAUGAAAAGAACCUUUCAACAUUGAAAUUGUUAAGAGCCAACUUAGAACUUUUAAACUCAAAACUUGAAUCAGUAUUCCUCUCAACUAGCCAUUUAAAUCGACUGUUACAAGGACUUUUUCAUUUAUUAAAAUUCAAUUGCUCUUCGUUAUCAUACUUGGAAGUAAAGAAUUUUGAUAUACCACUAACUGACAAUGAACUACAUAUAUAUCGUGGAAGAAGAAAAUAUGACUUUGUUAAUUUCACUGAUAAUGCAAUUUUAUUAGAAAUUAUCCAAUGUUCCAAAUUACUCGGACGAUAUUCAAAUUUCCAAAUGCUGUCUGAUUUUCUAUUGGAAUUUAUUCUAAAUUCUGAAAUUCAUAGAAAGGAGGCUCUAUUCAUCCUUAAUAAUGCAAUUUUAGGUUCAGAUAAAAAUUCUGAAGAUAUUUACAUAAAACUCCUUGAAGAAUAUUCGAACGCAGAAUUGAUUGAUAUUAAUACUUCUCAGAACUUUAUAUUUCCUAAAAGUGAUAACAGUUGGGAUUUGCUACCAAUAAAUAAACAAACCUCAAAUAUAGUAAAUUUCCAGGCAUUAAAUAACAACGUUAUUCAAGUUUGUUUAAUACUUGAAGGAUUAGCCAAUUUGUCUGAAGUCUUAAAGGAAAAGUUUAAAUUGCAUUUAAUGACUAUUCUAUAUCUUGUUUUAGAAAAAAUAGGUAAUGACAAUUAUCUUGUCAGUGAGGAAGCGUUUCACGUUCUGCAAGACAUUUCCAAGAAUUGUUCUUAUACGUCAGUCGCACAUCUCCUCUCUGAUAAUAUGGACUAUCUUAUGAAUUCUAUUUCUAUAAAAUUAAGACAUUUGUCGACGUUUCCCAAUUCCCCAUCCAUUCUAAGAGUUGCUCUAACUUACGGUGAUGAAAGGAUGAUAGAAUUUGUUGAUGACAUAAUGUUAAAGAUACUUGACUCACUUGAUAACUGUGAAGCCGAAGAAAUGAAUUUAGAAUUUCUAAAAGUGUUACAUGCCUUUGUGGGAUCCAUUAUUAAAUGGAAAACACUAGAUGUUAUUGAAACUGAGAAAGAAGAGAUAAAAAAGGAAGAGGAUAUUGACUUAGUAGAUUGCCUUUUGAAAUAUCAUCAGGAGCAAGAAAACGAAAGGAAACGCCUAGAAGAGGAGCUAAAUAACUCAGAUGAAAUUUCAUCAGACGAAGAACCCGAAUCUAAUCCUAAUCUAGAGUCUGAAGACAGAGAGGUUACUAAAGAUAUAAAACUAGUUGAACAGGUAGGCCUGAGAUGUGUUCAUUUGUUAUCGAAAGGGAAUCCAAGAGUUCGUUUAUUAGCAUUGGAAACUUGUAAUAAUGUGUUCAAGUGUUUAAAGAACCAUCAAAAUAUCCUUCUACCUCUUAUUCAUAAAAUAUGGCCCCCUUAUUGCGAACGUUUUAAUGAUAAAGAAGCCCCUGUGGCUUUAAGAGCAAUGCAAAUUCUACAAACGAUGGUUGCUGUCUCAAAAGACUUCACUCAGCAGCGUCUAAAGACAAACGUAAUACCGAAGAUCCGUACUUUUUUGGAAAAACAAGCACAAUUAAGCAGAUUGGCCUCCAUAAACUCUUUUAAGUAUACAAAUGCCUGCAAGUAUUUAUUGAACAUAUUAAAAUCUCUUGGAAAGCUGUGCAAAAACGCUCAAAUAGUUGGCAUGAAUUUGAACCAUCUCAUUUAUUGUGCAUUACCAUACUUGAGCUGUCAUCAACCUGAAAUCGUUCAAAUUGCCGCAAAAGAAUUAUACGCAGACUUUGCCAGAUGUGAUGAAGAUCAAGUUUGGUUGUUUUUGCACGACCUUUUGGUAAACAAUAGUUCUGACGAUGAAUAUCGCAAUUGUGCAUUAGAUAUAGCAAAGAUUUUGAACAUAUAUUUUUAG